UUCCUGAAAGCUUCUUUCUCCAUGGCAACUGCGGCACGCGCCACUUCCGGUAAACACACUGACACCUUUGGCUACAGUACUGAAGUGUUAUUAUGAGCGAAGUGCACGAUAUAGACGCCGUAGGAACACUUUCAGACAUUGAUGCGUGUUACACGGUGUUUGAGGGGUCUUCGGAAGAGGAUGUAGCUCACGCCAAAGUGUUCUGGAGCUCCCUGUGUUUACAGCCACCCAUCGAGUCCAGCUUAGUUUCUGUGGACAUUACACAGCGUCUGAAGGUGUCCAAGGACUCGCAACGUAGGAUCUGCGAUAAUGUGUGCAAGCAGCCACCAUGGUCAAGAAACGAUGAGAUCCUACAGAAAGCUUACCAGCUCCAGAUGCAAGACGAGAAGCAGAGAUACCUGGAAAUGGCCAAAAAACGUGACAAGAUCAUGGCCCUCUUAAAGAAGCACAGAGAAGAUCGGAUUAAGAAAGAAAUGGUAUCCAGGGCGUACAAGCCAAGUAAACCUGAGCCGGCUGAGAGGUCUUCUUGCAAGUCUUCUCCCGAGGUUCUGGAUCAAGACAUAGAGGAAGUCAGAGAACUUGUAUAAAGUGUGUCACCAGCCUUUUGAACCCGAAUACUAUAAUUCCGUUUGUAUAAGAAUAGGAAAACUAUUUUGUAUUAAACUCUCCCUAUCCACGUCUUGUGGAAAAGAAAAGCUUUACACACAGAUUUUUUUUAUUAUUAUUAUUAUUGAUUAUAGACAUUCUAGUAAUUUAACAUACAUUCACACACAUUUCACAUGUGAUUAGAUUUAUACGCGGUUGUAUGAAGUGUAUUUUAAGGUCAUGCCCUGAAAUUGAACAGCAAAACAAACAUCAGCUAUUUGUGACUGUUUGGGAAAUUCACAUUUGAAAAAUAAAAUUACAUGUCCAUCA